AUGGCUUAAAAUGGAGAUCCCAAAUGGAAGAAACAAUCUGAAGCAUUUAGACAAAUGAUUAGUGCAGCCAAGUCAGGAGGGACUGCUGAUAUUCAACCUUAAGAUGACCUAGUUGAAUGUCCUGCUUGUGGUCGUAAAUUCAGUGAAUAAGCUGCUGAAAGACAUAUUCCAGGCUGCAAAAAAAGGAACUUCAAAAGAUGA